UUAAAGAGGAAGAAGAAGAGAGGUUGGUGAGUGGAGAUCAGCAGUCUAUGGAGGUGGGUUGUCCUCUGUAUUCCCAGAAUUCUACAUGGGAAGGUCACCACUAUACAGAGAAUGAUCAGAGUGAAGAACGGAAAGACAUCAAGGUUGAGGAUAAAGAGGAAGAAGAAGAGAGGUUGGUGAGUGGAGAUCAGCAGUCUAUGGAGGAGGGGGAGAUGAUUAUGGAAAGUAAACAGGAGGAAUCUUCUCUACAUAAGGACACAACAGAUGGACGGUGUUUCGACAUUCCACAAUAUUCUCCCAAAGUCACCUCUGAUUGGUUGGUUAGAUCAUCAGAUCCUUCCAAUCCUGAGGAAUCUUCUGAUAAAUCCCAUACUAUGACUUCAGAUGUCCAUCCAAGUUCUCACAGUGCUGACAGAUCACCAGAUCCAUCCAAUCCCCAGACAUCUUGUUCAAGCCAUAAGAAGGUUCACACAGGAGAGCGUUCAUUCUCAUGUUCAGAGUGCGGGAAAUCUUUCACUAAAAACAAAAACCUUCUUAGGCACCAGAAAAUUCACACUGUUGCGCGUCCCUAUCUAUGUUUAGAGUGCAGGAAAUCUUUCACUACAAACAAAAUCCUCCUUAUGCACCAGAUAAUUCACACUGGUGAGCGUCCCUAUCCAUGUCCAGAGUGCGGGAAAUCUUUCACUACAAACAAAAGCCUUCUUAUGCACCAGAGAAUUCACACCGGUGAACGUUCCUAUCCAUGUUCAGAGUGCGGGAAAUGUUACACUGCAAACAAAAACCUUCUUAGGCACCAGAGAAUUCACACGGGUGAGCAUCCCCAUCUGUGUUAGGAGUGCGGGAAAUGUUUCUAUCAGAAACGCCAACUUAUUGCACACCAGAGUAUCCACACAGGUGGGCGUCCAUUUUCAUGUCCAGCGUGCGAGAAAGGUUUCUUUCGGAAAGCAGCCCUGGUUUCCCAUCAAAGAAUUCACACGGGUGAGUGUCCUUUCUCUUGUUCAGAGUGCAGGAAAUGUUUCCUUAAAAAAGAAAGACUUAUUGUACACCACAGAACUCACACAGGUGAGCGUCCUUAUUCAUGUUCAGAGUGCGGGAAAUCUUUAAUUGAAAAGGGACAUCUUACUGAACACCAGAGAAUUCACACCAGAGAGCGUCCUUUCUCUUGUUUGGAGUGCGGGAAAGGUUUCUUUAAAAAAAAAAAGAUUUAUU